AUGUCUUUUGUUUUCAUAUAUCUGUGGCCUCUCCCUUCUUUCAACUGCAAUACUCUCACUAUAUGUAUCUUUUACUCCUUCGUCGCACUUCAGAUCAUGUACGCUGAGACUCCUGAAAAGCUCGAGGCUGCCAUAGAGGACAUGCAGGCCAAGUCCCACCAGGCCUAUAUCCAACGAGUGAUGAGCUUCCUGAAACGCAAGACCGAAUGGGUGCUCCUUUUCCGCAGUGACCUCACCACAAGAGGUCAUAACACAAACAACUUCGCGGAAGCAUCAAUUCAGGUACUGAAAGAUAUCGUACUCCAGAGACGCAAGGCGUACAAUGUUGUCGCCCUCGUUGACUUCGUCGCCUCCGUCUGGGAGGAUUACUUCUGCAGAAAGCUCCUGGCACACGCCCACAACAGGAAACCUAUGCACCAACUGCAGUACGACCGGCUGCUCAGCCGGACGCCUGCCUCUGCUGCACAAGCCAUCACAGCGCUUGACACCCAUACCUACCAGGUACCCGCAGAAUGGCUGAUGGCAAGGUGUACAAAGUACAGCGACGUGGGAAUGUGCACCUGUGCAGUUGGGUGGCAAGGUGCCUUCUGCGAGCACCAGGCCCUUGUUCAUCACCGAUACGGAGGGACUUUCCCCAACGCUCCUCUUCUCUCGGCCCACGAAUGCCACCAGCUGGGGCUCCUGGCUAUGGGAGACAAGUGCCAGCCUGUGGCUUUCUUACAAGGCUUCCAAGAACUGCCGGGGCAGCCGUCCACCAGCACUGCCAUGGAAGAAACUGCAGUGACAGCAGAGCCAAGCAGUGCCCCUGCAAUGGAACAGCAACAGCUGGCCAGCCUCGACGACUCCCCUUCCAUUGAUCCACAAGAGCAUCGACAGGUAUGA